GCAACGGGCCAGGCCAGCCCCGCGUGGGGGGCCAUCGCACCCCAACCCUGCCUGCCACCACGGCCCCCGGCCAGGAUGGUGCUGCGGGCCGUGGUGCUGGCGAUGCACGCCUGUCUCCUGGCCACCCUCCGCCCCAGCGACCCCAAUGUCUGCAGCUACUGGGAGAGCUUCACAGCAGCGGUGAAGGAGUCCUACACCAAACCCCAUGUCGUGUCCUCCACCGAGCCCUGUCCCAGGGCGCUGGGCUCCCCCCUGCCCUGCCUGCAGCAGAGGAUAGUGUACCGCACCGAGUACCGGCAGGCAGUCCGGACCGAUUACCGGAGACGCUACCAGUGCUGCUUGGGCUACUACGAGAGCCGGGACACCUGCGUCCCACGCUGCACCCAGGAGUGCGUCCAUGGCCGGUGCGUGGCUCCCGACCUCUGCCAGUGCGAGCCGGGCUGGCGGGGCACCAACUGCUCCAGCGAGUGUGAUGAGCAGUCAUGGGGGCCGGGCUGCGGACACCACUGCAACUGCCACCAUGGGGCCCCCUGCGACCCUCUGAGCGGGGUCUGCUCCUGCCCCCCUGGCUUUGCCGACCCACUGUGCCACCAGCCGUGCCCACCCGGCACCUACGGCCAGGGCUGCCGCCUGUCCUGCCCCUGCCACCACCGGGCCCCCUGCAACGCCUCCACCGGUGCCUGCCUCUGCCCCCCGGGGCUGGCCGGCCCCCUCUGCGAGGUGCACUGCCCCGAGGGGAUGACCUGCAGCAACCCCUGCCCUUGCCAGAAUGGGGGGAUCUGCCACCCCGCCAGCACUGGCACUUGUGUCUGCCCCCACGGAUGGAUGGGGGAGAUCUGCUCUGUGCCGUGCCCCCCCGGGCGCUUCGGUCCUGGCUGUCAGGGCGAGUGUCGUUGCCACAACGGGGGCCACUGUGACCCCCAGGGGGGACAGUGCCAGUGUGCCCCCGGCUUCACCGGAGAGCAGUGCCGGGAGAGGUGCCCGGUGGGGCGGUACGGGCAGGAUUGCCAGGAGAGCUGCGACUGUGCCAACGGGGGCCAGUGCUUCCACGUGGACGGGGGCUGCCUGUGCGAAGCCGGCUUUCAGGGCAGCCGCUGCGAGGAGCGGCUGUGCCUACCCGGCCUCUACGGCCUCCACUGCCAGAGCCGCUGCCUCUGCCACCCCCAGCACAGCCAGAGCUGCCACCCAUUGCUCGGGGAGUGCGUCUGCCACCCUGGCUGGGCCGGGCUCUUCUGCAACGAAAGUUGCCCCCCCGGUUCCUUCGGGGCCGGCUGCCUGCAGACCUGCCUCUGCCUCCAUGGGGGGACCUGUGACGGGACCACUGGCCGCUGCCACUGCCCCCCCGGCUACACGGACGAGCACUGCUCCUCCUUGUGCCCCCCUGACACCUUUGGGAUGAACUGCUCGGGGCGCUGCACCUGCCAGCAUGCCCUCGCCUGCUCCCCCCUCGAUGGCUCCUGCCUCUGCAAGGAAGGCUGGCACGGACCUGACUGCUCGAUGCCAUGUCCCGCCGGCACUUGGGGUCCCAGCUGCAACCGGAGCUGUGAGUGUGCCCACGGGGCUGCCUGUGACCCCCAAAGCGGGACCUGCAGCUGCCCCCCAGGCUGGCAGGGCCCCCACUGCCUGCAGCCCUGCCCGAAUGGGACGUUCGGGGCGAGCUGCGGGCAACGGUGUGAUUGCGCCCAUGCCGACGGCUGCGAUCCAGUGACCGGAGAGUGCCGCUGCCUGCCCGGCUGGACAGGGCCGCAGUGCAAGCAGGGUUGUCUGCAUGGCUUCUGGGGCCGAGGCUGUCUCAUGCCCUGCUCCUGCCACAACGGGGCUGCCUGCUCACCCCAGGAUGGAUCCUGCACCUGCACCCCAGGUUACCGUGGCCCAACCUGCCAGCGCCCUUGCCCGCCCGGCCGCUACGGCAAGCGCUGCUCCCUGAGCUGCUCCUGCGCCAAUGGUUCCUCCUGCCACCCCACCAAUGGCUCCUGCCUCUGCGCCCCGGGCUGGCAUGGCCCCCGCUGCUCCCAACCCUGCGCCCCCAGCUCCUGGGGGGAUGCUUGUGCCCAGCCCUGCCUGUGCCACCAUGGGGGGACAUGCCACCCCACUGAGGGGACAUGCCACUGCCCGGCCGGCUGGACAGCGACACUCUGCGGCGAAGCCUGCCCCCUCGGGACCUUCGGGCUCCAGUGCAACCAGCUCUGCCACUGCCCCCCCAACGUUACCUGCCACCCCGCCAGCGGGAUGUGCUCCUGCGCCCCGGGCAGGAUCGGGCCCCACUGCGAGGCUGGGACCCCUGAGCAGCCCUACACCAUCGUGCCAGCCCCCCCGACAGGCUACAGCUCCCUGGGGGUGGUGCUCAGCCUGGUGGCCCUGGUGGCAUUGCUGGUGGCUGUGGUAGCUGUGGCCCUCUGUUACCGUCACCGGCAGAAGGGGAAAGAGAGCCGGCACCUGGCCGUGGCCUACACGGCAGGACAGACGGACACCUCUGACUACGUGGUGCCAGAUGUUCCAGCGAGCCACCAUGCGCACUACUACUCCAACCCCAGCUACCACACACUGUCCCAGUGCACGCUGCCAGCACCCGGCCCCGGCGUCCAGGACAGGGCCAGCUCCUUCAAGGUGCCCAGCACCCAGCUCUUCCCCAGCGUGGAGAGACCCUAUGGCCCCGAAGGCAACGCCACACUGCCCCCAGACUGGAAGCACCUCGGGGCACCGGCCCUGGGCCCCAGGGGGGGGCAGCUGGACCGGAGCUAUAGCUACAGCUGCAGCCUGGGGAAGUACAAUAGCAAAGACCACUCCCCGGACGGCCUGGGGGCCAGCACCAGCUCCCUGGCCAGCGAGAACCCCUACGCCACCAUCAAGGAGCUGCCCCCUGCCACCGCCAAGGCCCCUGAGGGCAGCUACAUGGAGAUGAAAUCCCCUGUCCGACGGGAGAUGUCCUACGCCGAGAUCGGGCUCCUCGAGGAGCCGUCCCAGGAGGAGAGUUGCCCCGGGGGGGCCGAAGGUGUGACCCCCGCAGACCCCUCCAGCCAUUACGACUCCCCCAAGAACAGCCACAUCCCCAGCCACUAUGACGUGCCGCCCGCCCGCCAUUACCCGCCAUCCCCCCCGCUGCGCAGGAAGGACCGCUGA